UUCCGGCUGUGGACUACAUUUCCCAGAAGCCCCAGGGGGGUGGUGUAAACUUCCACCUGGAGGGCCUCUAGCCGUGCGUACUGGGUGUUUCAGUUACCGCGGGAAUCGGCUGUGAUUUCAGAGACAGGUUCCAGCCUCCCUGUCUCAUCUGGUCAUAUGUGUGAGGUCGGAGCUGAUGUGGCCCUGGAGGGGACUUCUCCAUCUCUCUGUGCUCUAAGAAAGGCCUGAAGAAGGUCUCAUGAUUUCCUUCUUCCCCAGUCCUGCCUUUCUCCCCCAAGAAGUAUCCUGAGCAGGAGGGGAAAAUUGUUGUUGCACAUCUAAAAGUACAGAUCAGUCCUGGCUUCUCUGGACUCUGUGCUUUUCGAGUGGAGGAAGCCCAAAGAGAACAAGUUCUUGCAGUUCUACAACCAUGGCCCAUGUAAGUCCAUGUUUAUCCUCCUUGAGAUGUCGUGGUUUUGAAUUCCUGUGAUCAUUUUUAUUAUCCUGAGACUUCCUUCCUAAGACAACCUGAUUGCUGAAGCUGCACCCAGUUGCUCUGAUCACAGUGAAGGAUGGUGUCACACAGCCUAGUGGCCUCCUCCUUUGCCCCUCUUCUCUCUUUGCCCCUCUUCUCUCUCACCUGUGUUCACCUAUUCAUCACCUCUCCAAGUGCCCGGUCUCUCUCAGGAGCACUGAUGGAGCAGUGAUGGAUGAAGUUGCUUGAGGGAGAUACCUGAACUUCCCUUGUUAGAGUCAUGAUUCUAUGACACAGAGAUGAUGGUCCAUUAGACUCCACAGACCUGAGUUUUACAGGUUGAUAAGAUGGAAUUUAGUGUUGAGUGUUCUGCAUGUGAUGAGAUCCCAUACCCUGAGAAACUUAUAGGGCAAGAUUGGAGUGUGACUGAGGCCUGCACGUGGGGAUAUCAGGGAUCUAUCCAGGGGGUCCCCAGAGGGAUGAAUAACAGGACAAAAGUCAAUUUUGUGGUUGAGGAGGAUGUGCUGGUCUCUAGUGACAUCAGUGUCAUUGUGGAUCAUCCUACAUCAGCAUCCUCCAGCUCAGGAUCAAGACAAGUGUUCCUGAGGGAUGGUGGUAGCAGGUAGGAAGACCCUCCAGUUCCCUUAUGGGGAAUGAAGAAAGGCUAAUGGGACUGGGGAAGACCUUAGACAUCUUGUCCAAAAUAAAUGCCUAAAUAUGACAGAAGGAUUAGUCUGAUAUAUCCACAAGAUGGAUGAUUAGCCAGCCGGUAAAUAAAUUAACUAAAGAGUUUGUCAUUUGUUAUAACAAGGAAAAAUGCUUAUGACAUUUUCUUGGAUAAUGAUGAACCUGAGUUUUAAGGAAAUCAAAUGUCAAUCGCGUCCUAUUUUCUAAGAUAGAGAUUUUAGAGUACUUUUGGGGAAAAACAAUUCAUUACUUCAUUUUUUUUUAAUUCCUUAAAAAAAAAAAUUCCUUGAAGGGAAAAGAGAAUGGAACUCACAUUUAUUCAGAACUUAAACGGCAGGCACGUGAUAGGCAGUGUGCUUAUUUAUAGGAUUUCAUUUCAUUGGGAACCUUUGAUUAUUUUAUUCAUUCAUUCAUCCCAUGGUAUACAGGACAUUCUGUUUGUACCAACUGUAUUCUUUAAAAGCACACAGGCACUCCACUUGAGAAGUCACGGAUUUUCUUAUUCUUCCCUACAUAUCACGGGCUUGAACCUCAGUUUACUGCUUGCUAUAUCAUGGCCUCUUUCUUGCAAAGCAGUUUUCCAUCUUGAAAAUACAUUUAAAACGUUGUUUAUGAUACAUGGGUCUGUCAUUUCAGAUGUCCUUGUCAUUCAGGGACGUGGCCAUAGACCUCUCCCAGGAGGAAUGGGAAUGCCUGGACCCUGUUCAGAGGGCCUUGUACAGGGAUGUGAUGUUGGAGAACUACAGCAACUUGGUCUCAUUGGGAUGUUCCUCUCCUAAGCCAGACGUGAUUACUUUAUUGGAGCAAGAGAAAGAGCCCUGGACGGUAAUGAAAGAAGGAACAAGAAGCUGGUACACAGAUUUGGAGUCUAAGUAUGUCACCAAGAAGUUAUUUCCAGAAAAGGAUAUUUGUGAAAUAUAUCUGUUUCAGUUGCAGAGAGUGGACAAAAGUAAAACUUACAUCCGUGAGGAUACCAUUUUCAGAAAUGAUUUGCAGUGUAAACAUGAGUUUGAGAGACAAGAAGGACAUCAAAUGAGAUGUGCUAGUCAAAUGAUAAUCCAAAAACAUAUACCUCUUCUUCUGCAUCAGAAAAUUCAUGCUAGAGAGAAAUCAUAUGAAUGUAAGGAAUGUAAGAAGGCUUUUAGACAACAGUCAUACCUUAUUCAACAUCUGAGAAUUCAUACUGGUGAGAGACCCUAUAAAUGUAAGGAAUGUGGGAAAGCCUUUUGUCGUGUAGGGGACCUUAGAGUACAUCAGACAAUUCAUGGUGGGGAGAGACCCUAUGAAUGUAACAAUUGUGGAAAGACCUUUAGGCUUCAUUAUCAUCUUACUGAACAUCAGAGAAUACAUUCUGGUGUGAAACCCUAUGAGUGUAAUGAAUGUGGGAAGGCCUUUAGUCGUGUUCGAGACCUUAGAGUACAUCAGACAAUUCAUGCUGGGGAGAGACCUUAUGAAUGUAAAGAAUGUGGGAAGGCCUUUAGACUUCACUAUCAGCUCACUGAACAUCAAAGAAUUCAUACUGGUGAGAGGCCUUAUGAAUGUAAGAUUUGUGGAAAGACCUUUAGGGUACAACGACAUAUUAGUCAACAUCAGAAAAUUCAUACUGGUGUAAAACCCUAUAAAUGUAAUGACUGUGGGAAGGCCUUCAGUCAUGGCUCAUACCUAGUUCAACAUCAGAAAAUUCAUACUGGUGACAAACCCUAUGUAUGUAAAGAAUGUGGUAAGUCCUUUAGUUUUCAUGCAGAACUUACUCGACAUCAUAGAAUUCAUACUGGUGAGAAACCCUAUGAAUGUAAAGAAUGUAGAAAAGCCUUUCGUCUCCAAACAGAACUUACUAGGCAUUGUAGAAUUCAUACUGGAGAGAAACCCUAUGAAUGUAAAGAAUGUGGGAAGGCCUUUAUUUGCGGCUAUCAACUUACUUUACAUCUGAGGGUUCAUACUGGUGAGAUUCCCUAUGAAUGUAAGGAAUGUGGGAAAACCUUCAGUAGUCGCUAUCAUCUUACUCAACAUUACAGAAUUCAUACUGGUGAGAAACCCUAUGGAUGUAAAGAAUGUGGGAAGGCCUUUCGUCUUCAAGCAGAACUUACCAAACAUCACAGAAUUCAUACUUGUGAAAAGCCCUAUGAAUGUAAGGAAUGUGGGAAGGCCUUUAUUCGUAGCAAUCAACUUAUUUCACACCAGCGAAUUCACACCAAUGAGAACACCUAUGAGUGCAAGGAAUGUGGGAAGAUUUUUAGUCGUCGCUACAAUCUUACUCAACAUUAUAAAAUUCAUACUGGUGAAAAACCCUAUGUAUGUAAAGAAUGUGGAAAGGCCUUUCGCUUUCAGACAGAACUUACUCAGCAUCACAGAAUUCAUACUGGUGAAAAACCCUAUAAAUGUAAGGAAUGUGGGAAAGCCUUUAUUCGUAGCAAUCAUCUUACUCAACAUCACAGAAUCCAUACUGGUGAGAAACCCUACAAAUGUAAAGAAUGUGGGAAGACCUUUAGUCGGCACUAUCAUCUUACUCAACAUCACAGAAUCCACACUGGUGAGAAACCCUACGUAUGUAAUGAAUGUGGGGAUGCUUUUACUUGUAGUUAUCAACUUACCUUACAUCAAAGAAUUCACACUGGUGAGAUUCCGUAUGAAUGUAAGGAAUGUGGAAAGACCUUUAGUCGCCGAUAUCAUCUUACUCAACAUUUUAGACUUCAUACAGGUGAGAAACCUUAUGGGUGUAAAGAAUGUGGGGAUGCCUUUCGUCUUCAAGCAGAACUUACUCGACAUCACACAAUUCAUACUGGUGAGAAACCCUAUAAAUGUAAAGAAUGUGGGAAGGCCUUUAGUGUUAAGUCAGAACUUACACGACAUCACAGAAUUCAUACUGGUGAGAAACCCUAUAAAUGUAAAGAAUGUGGGAAAGCCUUUAUUCGUAGUGAUCAACUCACUUUACAUCAGAGAAAUCAUAUUAGUGAGGAACCCCCAUUCAUAAUGUAAGGAUACAGUGGCCUUUAGAAAAUGCCUUUUAUAACAACAGAAUUCGUAAUUGAUUUAAGAAAGUUUUUACUUGUUAGGGAACAUAUGGGAAUCCCUUUUGCUUCGUGCUCAAAACUUAACAGCAGUAGUUUUAUACUAUAUAUAUUGAUUUAAAGAGUUGAAAAAUUACAGCAUCACCCAGCCUUGGUUAACUUUAGAGAAUGAUACUGCUGCAGUACAUCUCAAACCAAGAUAAAGGGUACCCCUCCUCCCCUCAAAAUUGUUGUUGACCAAUACUUUUACAAGAUACAAUGAAAUUGGAUUACCAGAUACAUGAAACUGAAAGAAAAACAAACAUACAAAAUGAAAGCCCCCAAUUUUUUAUUAUUGGACUUAACAGACAUAAAUUAGCUCUGUCAUUUUUCUGUAAAUGUCUCUAAAUGUUUGCUCUCGGUGUCUGUACCUUAACUCAUUGCAGACCAGAAGCAAACAACCUGUGGACCAGCAUCAGUACAUGGACCACACUUUAUAUAGCAUUGUAACAGAAAAUAAUUCUGUUAAUGUAACAGAUGUGGGAAAAGACUUCAGCCAUAGCAAAUCUUUACUAUAGUUCUCAUAAUUCCACCCCUGCCUGUGUGGUAUUGUCAAGACACUACUCCCCUCUGUGCUUUAUUUUAUUCUAUUUUAUUUAAUUUCUUUUGUGCCUCAGUUUUAAAGUGGUGAUUAUAGUACCUACCUAAUAGUACUUUUGUAAGGAUGAAAUGUUAAUAAAAAACAAAACCUUUAGAAGAGCACUGUUCAAUAAAUAUUAUUUUAUCAUUAGUGAUAUUAGUAAGUUCAUGUGAGAGUAAGACCCUGUGAAUAUAAAGAAUUUGUAAAAACUGUCCACUACCUUUCAUUUUGUUUACUUAAAUUAAUAAUUAAUUAUGAAUAAAGUUUAGUAAAAUAAACUUUCACUUCUAAAAUUCAGAAGUCAUUUCUGAAAACUAACGUGAGAAAGGAAUCUCUAGAGUUGAUGGAUAUGGAGAUUAUGAGAGAAAGCUUUUGAAGAAUCAGGGAGAGCUGUAAAGCUUUUUCUUUUAUAAUCCAUAAAGCAGACGUGUUACAGUCUUCUUUUUCUGCCCCAAAUUCAUGAUAAAUGAGAAACUAACAAUGAAAAGGCCACUGUCCAUUUGGGAAAAAAUAAUAGUACAGGGAACACUGGUAUGCCCUCUCUAGAUUCAGUGAUUGUUAAAACGUUGUCAUAUUUGGUUUGCUUCUGUAUAAUUUUUGACAUUUUUUGCUGUAUUAUUUAAGUAUAAAUAUAGACAUUAUAACAUUUCACCUAUCUAUAUAUAUAUCAUGUAACUCCUAAGAAUAAAGGCUGCCUCCUACUUAAUCACUAUAUAACUUCACACCGAAGGAGAGUAACAGCAGUACCAUAUCUGUAAUAUUACAGAUAGAUAAGCAGUGCCUUAACCCAACAUAUCUAAAAGAAUGUUUCUGGGAACAGUAGUAUUUAAUGGUACUUGAAAAAUGUUCUGUGGUCAGAGACACUUAUGAACUUCUAAAUACUAAAUCCCUUCCAAGAAAAAAAUGUUAAUUAUCACGCUAGCAAAGGACUUAAGAGGCCUACAAUAAAGAAAAUUUGCUUAACUUAGUUUAUCUUACUGUAUCUUAAACUUUACUAAGGAAGUCCCAUUCACAAUACCUAAUUUCUUUGGGAUGUGAACCCACACUGACAAGGCUGCCAUAACUGAAAAACAGUGACCCUAAAGAGGGACACUCCAGAUAACCAUGGCAGAUGCUUAGCUAUGUUGAGAAAGGAAAUGCAUGAUGUAUUUCUCUGCUGCUCACAUCUCUUCCUCUGCAGUCAGUUGCUUGCCCUCUGAAUGUAGGGCGGAUACUUUCUACAAAAUUAAAAACCCAUUUGGUUUAGUUUUUUAUAUGAACAUACCAUGACAUAUUUAAACCUUCUCUUCUUUUUUAGUGUUUAACAAUUUUUCACUAUUUCAGAUAUACUUCAGUGAAUAUCCUUGUCUGUGACUGUUGGUUUCUGUGAGCUGGAAUUUCUUUAAUUGUACACAUGUGGAAGUAGAACUGCUCAUACAUUAUAUAUUCUUUCAGUUAUGUUAGAUAUUGCUACAUUGAUCAUAGGUCACAUACACUUCCAGUUCUAUUAGAUAUUGCCAAAUUGUUCUCUUAGACUCCUAUCAAAUUGAGUAUUCCUACAGCCUUAUGUUAGGUAUAAGUUUUAAUAAAUAUUUUCACAAAUUUCAAUCUCAGUUGCACAUUUUUUCAAACGUGUUUCUUGGCCAAUCAUUAUUCCUUUACUUUGAAUUUCCAAUUCUUGACUUUCUCCAUUAUUAUUGUUCUGUUGUUUGUUUGUUUUCUAAUUGACUGGAAUGGCAUUCUGGAUAAUUCAUUUGCAAUUAUUUUCUCUUACCUUAAAUAUAGCAUUAGUUAUGUAUCUAUUGAACACUCAUUCUAUUUUUAUGAGACAGAUUUCUAGGUUAUAAAUUGUGUAAUAAUAAGUUUUAUUUAUUUUCUAAUAUUUAUGUCUAUUACUUUAUUUACUUUUCUUUUUGAGAUAGACUCUUCAGAACAAAAUUGAAUAUUAUGGUGAUAGCCGUCAUCAAUUUCUCUGAAUCUAAUGGAAAUUUCCCAACAUUUAAUCAUUUACCAUAAUGUUCACUCUAUUUGGAGAUAAAUUCUCUUUGUUGCCUCUAAAUAAUUUCCUUCAAUAUUUGUAGGGGACCAGAAGAUACCUACUUUGUUUGGUAGUGAUUGCUGAAUUUUGUCCAAGGCCAUUUUGUUAUUUAUUGGUAUAAUCUUAUGUUUUCUCACCUUAAAUUUAUUGAUGUAUUGAUUUGUUUUUAUUAGUUCCUUGAUAUAAAUUUAUUGAUGCACUGAUUUGUUUUUAUUUAAAAUUGAAUUUUAAACAAUUCUGGUCAUAUACUGUGAUUUUUGUCAUACUGCUGAAGUACAUUUGGUAAUAUCUUACUUAGAAUUUUUCCAUCUAUAAUCAUAUGUGAGGCAGUAUUAUAAUUUCCUUUUUCUUUGAUAAGAUUU